GUUGCUUUCUAAACUCGCGAGCGUUAAGUACGUGAACCGCGUUCUUCUUGCUAAACAAACUCGUCGUGCUUAAUUGGUGUGAAUAAUAAAUACAUUGUGUUUCGUAGAAACGUAUUUGGAUAAGCGAUAAAAUCCUGUUUUGGAACAAUGCCUUUAAGCAUGCCCCCCCUUAAAUACUUUGAUUUUCUAUACCCAGUGAAUCGGCAUUGAAAGAUAAAUGUAAAUUACAGAGCUUUUGACGACAACAGUUAUUCACACAUGACUUCUACAUGCAAUACAUUUGCAAUGGUAUUGUAGGCAUUGAAAGGAACAAAAGUUUAAGUAAAGGCACGCCCCGAAAGGGUAUUCAAAAUGAUAAUUAAAUGUCAAAUCGGAAGUACAGUCAAAUUUCGUGUGUGCGAGCUAAACUAAACCCAUCGAACCCAUCUUUGAUUUUGGAGAGAAACACAAAAUAGCAUAUAGAAGAAUCAUGUCAACAUGACAGAUCCCAAUAGGAAUAAUACAAAUGGCAACAACAAGCCACAAGCGGCUGGAGAUCCGAGCUCCACUGCAAUGAAUCCACCCGGCACCGGCUACGUAUUCCACAACCCGCGGGCUUUGGCAACUGUGCCGGCACAGCUGCGCCUGUGGUGCAAGGACUGCCUGCGCCGGCUGAGGGGCGAAGCCUUGCGACACACGGCAACAACGGGACCCACAAGCUUCGCCCCAGAUGCGGGAACCAAUACACGACGCCCAGACGAGGAGUCCUCCGAUGCCAGCAGUGCGGGCACAACCGAAGUGGAUGCCUCCAUAGCGGCGCAGCGCCUCCAAAACGAACGGACGCAGCCCAAGCCGCAGCCGAGCUGGUUCUCGACCACCCGGCGAAAGUUCCUGGAAAGAACGGGCCUGAGGAAGCGCAAAUGUGAAGAUGAUGAGGAUGACGUUCCGCACUUCAAUGGUUACGAGCCGAAUGACUCGGAAAAGCGCGUCAUUACGCUGAACGGGCCACAGCCCACAAAAUAUUGCAAUAACCGUAUAUCCACGGCUAAAUAUAAUGUCCUCACCUUUAUACCGUCGUUCCUCUUUGAGCAAUUCCGGCGUUAUUCCAAUAUAUUUUUCUUACUAAUUGCAUUAUUACAACAAAUUCCGGAUGUGUCGCCAACGGGUCGCUACACCACAUUGGUGCCACUCCUCUUUAUACUCUCUGUAAGCGCCAUCAAGGAAAUCAUCGAGGAUUUGAAACGACAUCGCGCAGAUAAUGAAAUCAAUCAUCGAUUGAUUGAACGCUUAGAAAAUGACACUUGGACCACGGUGCGCUGGUCUGAGCUGACAGUCGGGGAUAUUAUCAAGGUGGUCAUCGAUACAUUCUUUCCUGCCGAUUUAAUAUUGUUGUCGUCAAGCGAGCCGCAGGCCAUGUGUUUCAUUGAAACGGCAAAUUUAGAUGGCGAGACGAACUUGAAGAUUCGACAGGGUUUGCCGUCGACAGCCAAAUUACUGGAAACAAAAGACUUGUUGCAAUUGGAGGGCAAGCUCGAAUGUGAAUUGCCGAACCGGCUAUUGUACGAGUUUAAUGGCGUGCUGAAGGAGUAUGGUAAACCUGCCUGUUCACUUGGCAGCGAUCAGGUGCUACAGCGUGGCGCUAUGUUAAGGAAUACGGCCUGGAUAUUCGGCAUUGUUGUUUACUCGGGACACGAAACAAAGCUGAUGAAGAACUCGACCUCGGCGCCACUUAAGCGAUCCACUGUCGACAAACUGACGAACACACAGAUCCUGAUGUUGUUCAUGAUACUGAUCUCUCUCUGCAUAACGAGCGGGCUGUGCAAUUUGUUUUGGACGCAAAAACAUUCCCAAACGGACUGGUAUUUGGCCAUUGGAGACUUUAAGAGCAUGAGCCUCGGCUAUAAUCUGCUGACGUUCUUCAUUCUGUACAACAAUCUGAUACCCAUAUCGCUGCAGGUCACCCUCGAAUUGGUGCGUUUUCUACAGGCUAUCUUCAUUAACUAUGACAUUGAGAUGUAUCACGAGGAGUCCAAUAUGCCGGCAAGUGCACGCACCUCUAAUCUCAACGAAGAGCUUGGCCUGAUUAAGUAUAUCUUUUCGGACAAAACGGGCACACUGACACGAAACGUGAUGGUGUUCAAGAAGUGCUCCAUAGCUAGGCGCAUUUAUCAGCCCGAACGCACGCCCGAGGAAUCGGACCUGGUCCAGAAUAUACUUAGGAGGCAGAACUCCUACAAGGACAUUGAGGACUUUCUAGUGCUGUUGUCCGUGUGCCAUACGGUGAUACCGGAGAAAAAGGAAGAUGGCAGCAUUAUCUACCAUGCCGCCAGUCCUGAUGAGCGUGCUCUGGUCGAUGGUGCACGAAAGUUUGGCUACAUUUUCGACACACGCACGCCUGACUACGUGGAAAUAAAUGCAUUGGGGAAGCGUAUGCGCUUCCAGGUACUGAAUGUACUCGAAUUUACGUCAACACGAAAACGAAUGUCGGUCAUUGUGCGUACGCCAGAGGGUAAAAUAAAGCUAUUCACCAAGGGCGCCGAUUCAGUCAUAUACGAGCGUCUAGCGCCGCGAGAUCAGUCAUACCGGGAGGCAACUUUGCAGCAUUUAGAGGAGUUUGCAUCCGAGGGCUUGCGAACGCUGUGCUUGGCCGUGGCCGACAUUGAUGAAGAAGUGUACCAGGAAUGGAACGAGACACACCACAAGGCGUCGAUAUCAUUGCAGUACCGCCACAGCAAGCUGGAAGAUUCCGCAAAUUUAAUCGAGACCAAUCUACGUCUGCUAGGCGCAACGGCAAUUGAGGACAAAUUACAGGACGGCGUGCCAGAGACCAUAUCCGCCCUGCUCGAAGCGGGCAUAUACAUUUGGGUUUUGACCGGUGACAAGCAGGAAACGGCCAUCAACAUUGGUUACUCGUGCAAACUGAUUACACACACCAUGGACAUUAUCAUACUCAACGAAGGCAGUCUGGACGCCACUCGUGAUGUCAUUCUGCGGCACAUUGGCGAGUUCAAGAGCACCUCGGCCAGGGAUGCGAAUGUGGCGCUCGUCAUCGAUGGCAAGACCUUAAAGUAUGCAUUGACCUGUGACCUGCGCGGCGAUUUCCAGGAGUUGUGCCUAAUUUGCCGCGUCGUCAUCUGUUGUCGCGUUUCGCCCAUCCAAAAGGCCGAGGUGGUCGAGAUGGUUACGCAAAGCACCAAGGCAGUUACACUGGCCAUUGGCGACGGUGCCAACGAUGUGGCCAUGAUACAAAAGGCAAGCGUUGGCAUUGGCAUUUCGGGUGUGGAAGGUCUGCAGGCAUCCUGCGCCUCAGACUACUCGAUUGCCCAGUUUCGAUAUUUGCGUCGCUUGAUUCUCGUCCAUGGCGCCUGGAAUUAUGCACGCAUCAGCAAGCUGAUCCUCUAUAGUUUCUACAAAAAUGUCUGCUUAUAUGUCAUUGAGCUCUGGUUCGCCCUCUACUCGGGCUGGUCGGGACAAAUUCUGUUUGAGCGCUGGACCAUUGGCCUGUAUAACGUUCUAUUCACCGCCAUGCCCCCAUUUGCAAUUGGCCUCUUUGAGAAGUUCUGCACGGCCGAGACAAUGCUUAAGUAUCCGCUGCUGUAUAAACCCUCGCAGAAUGCCAAACUCUUCAAUGUGCGAGUCUUUUGGAUUUGGAUUUUCAAUGCUUUGCUGCACUCGGUCUUUCUCUUCUGGCUGCCGCUCUUCGCAUUCCAAGAGGAAGCCAUUUGGGGGGAUGGCAAAACAAGUGACUAUCUGCUGCUGGGCAAUAUGGUCUACACGUAUGUUAUUGUAACUGUUUGCUUGAAAGCUGGCCUCAUCACUAGCUCCUGGACCUGGCUAACGCAUGCCGCCAUUUGGGGCUCCAUUCUGCUCUGGUUUGUGUUUGUUCUGAUAUAUAGCCACAUUUGGCCGGGAUUGAGCUUUGCCAGCAACUUUGCGGGCAUGGACACUCAACUGCUGUCGACGCCCGUCUUUUGGUUUGGUCUGGUGCUGGUGCCCAUCGCCAGCCUGUUGAUCGAUGUCAUCUGUAAGCUAAUACAUAAUACCGUUUUUAAGUCGCUCACCGAGGCUGUGCGUGAGUCGGAAAUACAGCGUCACGAUCCCUCGCAGGUGAUGGAAGAGUCGCGCUCCUCGGACUUUCGUUUUAAGCACGGACGUAUGGAGAAUAUGUUGAAUCGGAGUAAGGCUUCAGGCAGGCGGAGCAUAACCGACAGGAAUAUCGCGCCUCGUCACUUGCGCGUCGAAAACUGGGAUAUCGAUGAUGAUGAGCUGGAUAGCCGGGAACAGCAGCGGCAAUAUCAACGUCGAAGUCACCGACUGGCGGGUGGUUCCCAUCAUGCGGACAGCGUGGACAGUGCGACUCUGCAUAUGUAGCCAGGCUGUUGGAACAGAAUCUAUAAAAUAAGUCAGGUGCUUGUAUGUGUAAUAUAUAUUAACAGAGAAUCUAUUGUUUUGUGUCUUGAUAUACAUAAAUAAAUUAUAUAAAUUAGGGCUCAUUUAAUAUAUAUUAUAUACAUAUUUAUUGUAUGUGCUCAGGGCGUACAAAGCCAUAUCCAUUCCAAGCAAAACUUGUAGUAUUCAUGCUAGAAAUCUGCAUUAUACAUAAAUGUACAGGUGUAACUCUUAAAAUUGAUCCAACUGUGAUACUGAUUACUGUAGCAAAUGAAUUGUGUGCAAUUAUGAAAAUGUUUUAAACUUUAAAUAACGCGUUGUUUAUAUUCUAAGCUGAUUGUUCUACUACUAUUAAGCAUUCUUUUACUUAAAACUUAAUAUGCCAACAAACAGUUGUUUCCUUUUCUACAAUGAACUAUACCAACGUCUAUAGUAUAUGUACAAAAACUUGUAUGGAAUCCAGUUAACAAGAACUAUAAUUUAAGAGAGCGUUGUGCUUUUAUGUUAUUGUUAUUUUUUGUGAAAUAUACAUAUAUAUUUGUAUAUAGUCAAUUAACUGAAUAAACAUAGUCACUAGCUUAAGCCGGCGUAUAACCCAUCCUCAAACCUUCCUGUAUACCCAACCAGUUCAAUGAAUAUUUAAACUCAAAAUACACUGCGUUUUAAAAAGAG